AUGUUGCCAAAACAAGAAAAGGAAUAUAUUCUAGAGAUAUGGAAAGGAAUCCCUAACAACUUCAAAGAGCCUAGCUUCACAGCAGUUGAGUGCAAGCUCAUGAAGAAGAUGCUUCUUCUUCUCUCCAUGCAACCUAUUUCCCGUUCAAAAUGUCCUCUUUCCCUGGCUCACACCUUCCGAACUGCUAAACCUAACAACCCUAAAACUUCUGUUCAUGAACCUCACAUUCCUAAACAUCGGAUGCCUGAAGCUCCCAUUCCUUUCAUUCCUCAUCCUGAAGCUCCCAUUAUUUUCAUUCCUAAUACUAAGCGUACUCCUCUUCCUAGGCGUCCUCAAAUUCCCUACUUUCCUUUUCCUAGAGAUCCUAUAGAUCACAGCUCCUCUACAAGUGGCACUAACACUAAGCAAGGAUGA